UGAUUGACUCCUCUUGCAUUGGGUGUUACGGUUGCUUAUGGGGACUCAGUAUCUCCACCAUUUCCCGCUAAAAAUAUAACAGCGACUGAAGUUGCACCGUGAAUGAAACCUGGAAGCCUUCGAGAAAGUCCCAACUUUCCGGAGAGCGCCCGCAGUUGGCCUUUGGGUUCGUUAAAAACGGAGCAGGCAGUUCUCCUGGGCCCUCCGACUUUGCAAAGCAACCGCUUGUCCCGAGUGCGCUGCGGCCGGAGGAGGAAGAGUUAAGCGCCGACUUGUGUGUGAGCGUGCGGGCGAGCGAGCGCGCGUGUCUGUGUGUGUGUUUGUGCGGGGCUUUUAUUCCUCCCCUGCCAUCCCCGCGAUUCCGAGAGCGGCGGAGAAACGGGGUUGCAACCGCGAAGCCAGGAGCUCCCGAGCAGAUCAGAGCGGGGCGCGCCUCCCGCCGCAACCGAGCCUCGCCGACUUUGCCCGGCUUUGGGAGGGACCGCGCCGUCCGGAGAAGCUAACUCAACCCCGAGGCGAUCGAGGAGGACUUAGCUGAGUCUGAAGAAGUCCAGCGACGCCAACCGGCUCCUCCAGAGGACAGCAGGGACGACUCUGCCAAUAAUCCAGGGCCGGAUGGCCCAGAGGAGGAGCUGGGAGGAACAAACAGUCCCUCCGACCAGCUCGACUCACUCCCAGGGAAUGAAUUGCGCAGAACUCAGCAUCAAUACAGAGACACCAAGGUACAGACUUCAUCCAGAAAAGCCUGCUGAAUGUGUGCUGGGUUCUGGCUGACUGGCUGACCACUUAUGGUUAGGGGCUGACCUCCAGCGUUAUUGAUCACCUUCGGUGUUUGGACCACCCAUUCCUUCAAGUUAUUCCUAGCCAUUCUGAAGAGGAAUGGUUCCUUCUCCUGUGGAGACCCCAACGCUUGGUCAUCACGGCAGUCUUUGCCUGCUUCCUUGGGGCACCCUGGCCUCUCCCGGCGGUCAGAUCUUCCUCCCAACCUCCUCAGUCAUUGUGGAUGUGGAGUUCCAAAGGUGGAGGAAAUAAGUCCUUCGACUUGCUUCAGGUGAAUCUUUCCUGGUUUCGGGGACCCAAUGCAGAAGGCUGCCAUGUUGAGGCACCAACUCAUUGUAGGGACAAUCACCAUGUCUGUCUCCUGAGAUGCCAGGCCCUUGGGCAAAAUGGAAGCAGCCAACACCAAGUCAUUCUUCUGGGAGACCUUCCCACCCAUGCCUACCUGUCGGGUUUACUGCAGCCCAACCUAUCAGGAUGGACACCUCUUUGUGGUGGGCGGGUGCAGCCAACAAGGUCAGCCAUUGGACACCCUCGAAAUGUUGGACGUGGUUUCCCACAAGUGGAUGGCGUUACCUUCUAUGCCUACCCCACGGGCAGGGGCAGCGGCCGUGAUGCUUGGCAGGGAAGUGUUGGUGAUUGGCGGGGUUGACUCCACACAGAGACCCCUGGCCUCCGUCGAGGUCUACCACACCGAUGAAGGCAGGUGGGAGAAAAAAGCAGAACUGGGUCAGCCUUCAAUGGGCAUCUCAGCCCUUGAGAAAGAUGGAGUGGUUUAUGCUUUAGGUGGAAUGGGUGCAGACACAUCUCCACAAGCUCUCCUGCGAAUGUAUGAACCAGCUAAGGAUCAUUGGCAGUCUUUACCGUCCAUGCCGACACCUUGCUACGGGGCUUCUACUUUCUUGCAUGGGAACAAGAUCUACGUGAUGGGAGGAAGACAAGGCAAGCUGCCCGUCACAGCCUUUGAAGCAUUUGAUCUGGAAGUGAGAAGCUGGACACGCUACCCCAGCGUGCCCAGUCGGCGUGCCUUUGCCAGCUGUGCCAUGGCUGAGGGUUGCUUCUUCAGCUUGGGAGGACUGCAGCAGCCCGGCCCCCAUAACUUCUAUUCCCGGCCCCACUUUGUCAACACUGUGGAGAUGUUUGACUUAGAGGAAGGGUCUUGGAGUCGGCUGAGCCGGGCCAUCCGCAUGAGAGACAAAAGGGCUGACUUCGUAGCUGGGCACUUUGGUGGACGUGUGGUAGUAGCUGGUGGUCUUGGGAACCAAUCAAGCCCUCUGGGAUCUGCGGAAGGAUUUAAUCUGGCUAAGAAGAAAUGGGAGCCUUUGCCCUCCAUGCCUACCGGGCGCUGUUCUUGUGCUAGUUUGGAAGCACCCAACCUGCUGUUUGUGAUUGGAGGGGUGGCUCAAGGCCCCAGCGGUGCAGUGGAGGCCCUGAGCUUACAGGAAGAGGUCUGAGUGAACAUUAUUAUGAAAAGGUCCCCACCCCACCCCUGCCAGCACCAAGAAGGACUCAAAAGUGCCUGUUGACGACAGCAUUAGCGUACGAGGAGGAGGGAGCAGCGAGAAGAGCUUUAUGGUCAACGUGGAAACCUGCUGCAGUGACUUUUCCUUUUGCCAUUCUGCAAAUAACUCAUUUCAUCAAGUAGCUCAGAGACCAGAGCAGUCUGUUCUGUAGGCGAGGCAAGGGGUCAAGCAGUUUAGCGGCUUAACUGCUGGAGGACAAAGUAGGUUUGACACGGCUGGUUCUUUUGAUGUGCAGCUGCGGAUGUCUUCGUAUAGCUUUCCAAAGGAACAAGAUUGGGAAUUUGGGCUUGGUCUGGGUGAACUCUGAUUGAAGCAGCUGUGUGAUUCCCUCCUCAUAAGCAAAACUCUCCAAUUCUACUCUCUUCCUUUUGGUUAUUUACUUAUAUUCCACUGCAAUAGAAUAUAAAGCCAAUACACCACCACAAUACUGUCAUUUUAAUUUAUUUAUUUUUGGCUUUGUUGAAGCUCUCUAGCUUGAAGAUCUUCCCUCCCCUUUCUGUGGCUCAGCUACUCUGCAGAUUGUCAUUGCCGCAUUAGUAAGACUCAUAUAUAGCAUCCCACUAUUAGUCGUCCAAGAAAAAAGAGGGUAAGAGUUGAUUGGAGUUUGGGAGAUCCAUUUGCAAAGAAGUCAGCACAAAGCUCGGGACACAGCUUCACCCGCCUUCUAGCCAAGCCUGUUUGGCAGCCUAGAUUGUCUCUUACUUAUGAAAGACAGCAACGUUCCUUCAGCUGGGUCUGGGGGAAGAGUAACCGGAAGUGCUGUCCCCUUGGAGCAGGUACUCCAGUAUUUUUGCUUCAAGUUGUGAUUGCUAUCCUUGUGCUGAUGCCUGUCUUGCUGCAUAGCUGAGUUGACUCUAGGACUCUGGGUGUAGCCAUUGCACCCCACAUGGUAUGUUCCUAGCUCUCUCUGUGUCUCAUGUAGCACAUAAGGUGCCCUCUAGUUCAGUGCCUAGGAGGUGGUGUAGCACCUCAC